AUGGGAUUCGGGCAUUUCGACUCGAUAUGUGAGAAGACGCCGAUGCCACUAUGUCUCCUCGUAGGUCCGGUGUCAACAAUCUCCGGGACCGGAUCGAGGGGCAUAGUAUCAAAUUGUUAUGCCCGGAAUAUCGAGGUCGCCAAUACGAUGAUAUUCGAAGGCGCUGCCUCAUUCAUGCAUAUUAUUGCACUCUCCAUGACAGUGAUCAUGAUUUUGCAUAUUCGAUCUAAGUUUACCGCUGUCGGACGCAAGGAGAUCCUCACAUUCUUCUACCUCUAUCUGGCUCUUACUAUCUUCUCCCUCAUCAUUGAUGCCGGCGUCGUUCCACCAAGAAGCGGACCAUUCCCUUAUUUCGUGUCAAUUCAAAAUGGAUUAGUAUCUGCUCUAUGCACCUGCUUACUGGUCAACGGCUUCGUCGGGUUUCAACUAUACGAAGAUGGCACAGCAUUAUCCGUGUGGCUGAUUCGCAUUCCGUCCGCCAUCAUGUUUGCCAUCACCUUCGUCAUUUCCCUGCUGACCUUCAAGUCAUGGUCAGGUGGUGCUUUGGGACCCGAGAAUACCGUUGGUCUGUUCGUGGUGUUAUACCUCCUAAACGCCAUAUGUAUCGCCAUCUAUAUUGUCAUGCAAUUGCUACUGGUGGUGAACACUCUCGAUCAACGCUGGCCCCUCGGAAAUAUCUGCUUCGGCGUGGCGGUCUUCAUCAUCGGUCAGGUGCUCCUAUACGCUUUCAGUGAUCUUAUCUGCAACAAUGUCCAGCAUUACCUGGAUGGCCUGUUCUUUGCAACAUUUUGCAACUUGCUCGCGGUGAUGAUGGUCUACAAGUUCUGGGAUUCUAUCACUACGGAAGAUUUGGAGUUUUCCGUUGGCGUCAAGGCCAAUACCUGGGAGGUCAAGGAUCUACUCUCCGAAGAAGACCGACGCCAAACCAUUUACCAAGACACCAAUUCCGAAUACGGAGGCAGCAUGCGUGCAAGUGGACAUCCUCACCGCUCCUCGAAUUACGGUCCUCGCAACUCCUAG